UUUGAAAAGCAUUGAAUGAGAUUGACGAGUACGAGUAUUAUUGCAAUAGUUUACAUUCGUGUUUUAUCAUUUCCUGAUGCCAAGCCAUCCAAGAACAUUUCUUUCAACACACGAGUAGAUCUACUGGGUGUCUGUCCGCCAAUCUAAAUGCUGCGACUUCACAACCAUGCACAACACUGUGCAAGGACUCUGUGCAGAUCACCCAAGUCAUGCCCCAGCAGUACAGGCAGCAGCAGCAGUGCACCCAGAUUCACUCAACACCGCACCGUCUUCUGGACGGAGUUCAAACCGAAGCGCACCGCCCGUGCUGUAGUGUCCGACUGGCAGUCCUCGGCGUCCCGUGUGCUGCAUCAGCUUCAGGAGCAGGUUGACUCGGCGACGGGCCUGGCCAAGGUGGAGCAGGCGCAGCGGGACAUUCAGCAACGACAGGACUCCGUUAACAAGCUCCGCAUCGACGUGCGACGACAGCAGCGCGAGCUGGAGGAAGUACUGACGUCUCUAAACUCGGUGCGAUCCCAACUGGAGCCAAUCUCGGCACGUGACCCUCGCUACUUAGCGUUGACGACAAAACUUGUGGAGCUGCUCGAGAAAGAAGCAGCGUGUGCUGCCGGCGUCAAGCAAGCCGAGGAAGCAGAGCGCAUGGCGUACACGUUGCUAACACAGCUAAUCGUCGAGUCGCACAUGCUGGAACGCACAUCGACGGACCGCAUGAAGGCCUGGGGCCUGGUGCUCUCCAUUGCCGGCACCAUCGUCGGCUUUCUCAGCUCGUCGCUUAUGUACCGGCGGCGGCAACGCGAGAUCAAGACAUUGAUAGCACAGACAGAUCAGAGUAUUGGCUGCCUGGCGCCACAGCUGGACGAAAUCAACAGCAGCGUCGCGGGGCAGCAGUCCAAGUGGGACGAGCUCAAGACCACCAUGCUGGCCAUGCUCGAGGAACAGACGGACGCCAUCGCACGCCUGCUCCUGCAGCAGAAACUCGGAGAGCUGCUUAGCGACGACGCGCCCGGCGGUGCGUCGGGAAGCCCGGAGUUUGGCAGCCGCACGCUGUCCGAAGAGCAAGCACUGAAGCUGGGUGGCCGGAUCAGUGAGGAGGUGAGCAGGCACGUUCACCACAUCUUACACCAACACAUGUGCAAGAUGCAGGACGAGUUUGAUGCGGUCAAGUCACAAGUGAGCACCAACUCUGAGCGAGUUGUCGAGACCGCUGCUGCUACUGCCGGUGGACCCGUUCCAGAGUCAGCGUCCGGCGGAAGUGGUUCCACGGACAGCACAGCUCCGACCACUGCUUUAUCAAGGGAUGUUACACUGUCACAGAAACUGGAGCAGAGUGAGAACAUGUUCUUAGAACUGCUGACGAUCUCAAUCGGGCUGGCGUUAAUAGUGACCUUGCACUCGGUGGCAGGUAUUUAGCAGUGCUGAGGCCAUGCUCUCUAUGACAUCAUCACUGUGGCCAUACUGUGUAUGACAUCACCAUUGUGGUAUGACACCACCAUGACAUCAUCACGGCCUUUCUCUAUACCACACCGGCAACUGACCGAUGUGGUUCCAACCAUGGCACCCUGGUUCGUGUGUGUCGGGCACUGUGCGGAUCAUUUAUGCCCGUCUGGCGGAUGGCGGUACACCACUGGUCACUGCAAGCGUACACAAGAUCAUGCAAGCCCGUACUGACCGACACGUCAACGUUCACACGCUUUCCAUGCCUUCAUCACUGUAUGACUGGGUGGGAUACAGUGUGUAACCGAGUCGGCAUCUUCACAAGCCAGUUGCUCUGCAGUCUAUUUGCUGGUUAUACUGCAUAGUGGACUGCUGCAUUGUGAAUGCCAGGUGCACAGCAUUGCAGCGCUAAACUAUGAACAGUCGUUUCCAAUCACGAGGCGAUUGUAUCCUGCUUCAGCGCACACUGGCACUGUGCUAUUCUGAGUGAAUCAUGCUGAAGUAACAAUCAAGCAUGGCGAUCAAUCACACUGCAAAUGGUCGCGAACCUGCGAGCAGCGCGCGCUUGGCCCAUGCUAGGAAUCUCUAUUGCUGCAUCAGCAGUAUGCCAAGCCUCAGCCCUCUUGCUUGGCCAUUGCCCCCAGCCAUGCCAAUACGCCAAGGUGCAGAUGGCAUGCGUGUCUCUUUGCAGCCCCGUGACAUACUCUGAAUAUAUGUCGCCGUUUGUUUCAUGGAUACACCAUAAAAUUGAUUUUUGAUUUUCUGCUAUACAGUAGCAGCAAAUAUGAUUUCCCUCAGCUGGUCUGAGUAACUUAAUCACGAAUCCAUAAUAAUAAUAACAUGCCACCACGUGUUGUAUUGUGUGCGUGCGCCUAAUGCAGUGGUCCUUUUUUAAUCCGGCGUCAUUUGUGCUACGGAAAUUCUGCUGGUUUAGGGAGGGUG